UGACAACAGUUACAGAUGCGGAUGCACCCUCUACUUCGCACUGAUCUGCGCCUAGGUUCCUCCUUCUCCCACACCUGUCUCUUUGGGAAUAUAAAGGCUGCUUGCUUUUACAUCAGCUUUCACAUCAGUAUAGUAGGCUACACAAAGAAACAAAGGAUCAGGACACACACAUCUAUAUUGGCAUUGAAGAGAUCGCAGCACUUGAUAAGAAGUAAACCCAAAAAAGCAACAAUGUCAAUGGGAUUAGAGAUUGGGGGCAUUGCCUUGGGCCUCAUUGGUUGGAUCAUUGGCAUUGUCACUUGCGCUCUCCCUAUGUGGCGUGUCUCAGCCUUUGUUGGCGCGAACAUUGUCACUGCCCAAGUCAUUUGGGAGGGUUUAUGGAUGAACUGUGUUGUCCAGAGCACUGGACAGAUGCAAUGUAAGGUUUACGAUUCCAUGCUAGCUUUGUCUCAGGAUCUGCAGGCUUCCAGAGCCAUGUGCAUCAUCUCCAUCAUCUUGGCAAUCCUUGGUGUGAUGGUCUCCAUCAUGGGCGCCAAGUGCACCAAUUGUAUCGAGGACGAAGCAUCCAAGGCUAAAGUGAUGAUUGUUUCUGGCAUCCUCUUCAUUCUUGCUGGCAUCCUACAGCUCGUUCCAGUGGCCUGGGUGGCAAACCAAACUAUUCGGGACUUCUACAACCCACUUCUGAGCAACGCUCAGCAAAGAGAGCUUGGGGCAUCCCUCUACAUAGGAUUUGCAGCCGCUGCUCUGCUAAUAAUUGGAGGAGCGAUGUUGUGCUGCACCUGUCCCCCAAAGGAGAAGAAGUACAAACCUCCAAGAAUGGGCUACUCGGCUCCACGUUCCGUCAGUGGUGGCUAUGACAAGAAGGACUAUGUUUAAAAUAUUGCUUUGUUGCAGAAAGAAGAAGGAUUUGAAGAUCUCAUACACACGGGGUGGAGAUACUUCUGAGAGGACUCCGAAAUGAAGGGUCAUACGAUGCUGUCAAUAUUUGCUUUUCCUCUGUUUAAGACUGGUGUGUGUUCAGGGCUGGUUUCAUAGGUUUACUUGUCAGGGAUUUUGUGAGAGAGUUUGAUAUGUUUGCUAUGUGUUAAAACAUUUCCAGUUUUAUAUCAUUUCAGAUGUUUAAAUUCACCUGUUUUCUUUUUUCAACUGCAAUGUUCAACUGUUGUCCGAUAAUGUUCUUUGUAUUAUGUGAUACAAAAAAGGUCAUCUUAAAUGGUGUUCUUAUAUGUCAGACCAGAAAAUAGAUUCAUUGUUCUGUGUAAGUUAAUAUACAGUAAAUAUUUUUUUUAGCAAGCUGUCCCUGCUUCAGUCUGAUGCUUUGUUGAAUACUAACAUAGACAGGAACAGGCAGACGUUUAGCUCUUUACAUGUAUUUGCAUGUAUUUACAUCAGAUUGAACUUGUUUCUGUAUAGUUUCCUUAAAACUUUUUGUACAAUGUUUUUAUAAUUCGUAGAGAGUUGCGUUUAUGAUUAUCCACAUACGUAUGUUUCUUUUUUUUUUUUCAUAAUCAUUGGAGUACUAUAUGUCCAUUGUGUUGCCUUUAUAUUAUUAAAUUUGAUUACAUGCAAAAGAGCUGAUAACAAAAUUAAGUAGUCGUUUAUAGCAUGAUAUGGGCUGAUGGAGUGGUUGUACCUU